AUGGCAACCGCAACGACGUCCUUGCUGAACAGCCGUCAAUUUCUGUUGUCGUACCACCACUUGCUUCCUAGAAGGAGGAGAAAAGAGGUCGAGCUCAGAGCCAGGACUUGGCCUUCGUCUCCUCUUCAGUUCGUCUGCAAAGACGAGAGCCUUCUUCGAAUGUCUUUCUUUUGUGGAGCGACUCACCGGAAGUCCUCCGUCGGCCGCGAAACCUCUGCUCCUCCUCUUAAGGAGGGGAAGAUGAGAACGUACGGCGGGUCCUGCAGGUCGCUUUAUGGGUCGCCGAGGGGGUCUAUAUCUUGUGGCUCUUCUUGCUUCCCUAUGCCCCGUUUGCCCUUCUGGUUCGCUAUUUAUGAGCUCAAGGGCUGCAUCCACGAUUGUCUAGGGGAUCCUAUAUGGGCCAUCAGUUCAGACACAAUCAACUCUCUGGUGGGCCUGUCUCUGAAUUUCUUCUUUAUUCUUCCUUUAAUGAACUCUGGUAUGUUAUUUGCUGAUUAUUGGAGGACUAUUGAUCUAGUAGUUGGUAUUCGUCUAAUUGAUUCUCCAGUACUUCACCCGAUGGCUGAGGGUUUAUUCAACUUUGUUAUUGGGUGGACUUUCAUGUUUGCUCCUUUGCUAUUCACUGAUCGUAAAAGGGACAGAUACAAGGGUUCAUUAGACAUUUUAUGGGGCUUCCAAAUGUUUCUUACAAACACAUUCUUAAUACCUUACAUGGCAAUUCGGCUAAAUGAGGGUGAUGCUGAAAAUACCCCAAGAACGCCCUCUCAACUAGGCUCCGUGAUGACUAGUGGUGCACCUUAUGUUGGUCUCAUUGGCAGUGCCGUGUGUCUGAUAUCUACAUUGUGGGCACUUUUUGGCCGUCCAGAUAACAACUUUGGGGGCAUAACAGACAGAUGGGAUUUCUUGGUGAAUUAUCUUGGAUCUGAGAGGCUGGCUUAUGCAUUUAUUUGGGAUAUAUGUCUUUAUAUGAUCUUCCAGCCUUGGUUGAUAGGAGAUAACAUACAAAAUGUUCAGAAAAGCAAGAUAGGUCCUGUGAAUUUUCUUAAAUUUGUCCCGGUAGUUGGCUUAGUCGCAUACCUUCUUUUUUUGGAUUUUGAUGAGGAGCUAUAG